CAAAAACCACACUUUAUUCGAACUCAAUCGGUCCGCAAAAUCAUUUCAGUUGAACUCCCAACAUUACCAAAACACCAUCCCUGACCAGUUAAUUAGGCCUCCUGUCUAAUCUCCGCUGCGAUCCCGUGAGCGGGCUAAUCUCUCCCAACUUGACCAUCCUGGUCACGAGGUUCCUAAAGUAACUGUGUCAAAGGAGGUCGGCGAUUGGACGUCGAGAUGGGCGAGGUUGUUGUCGCCAGAGCCGUUCCGGCUGGGGCAGUUGGACUGGCGGGUGCGAGGAGAUGCCGGGAGAAGCGCCGCCGCUGAGUGGAGGGAGUAAUCGCCAAGGUGGCGGACGAUUUCUGUCAUACGCGUGAAUUAGUUUAGGGGUUUUUUUUUAACUGAUUUGGGACAUAAAUAAUUAAAAUCGAAUUUUGGAGUGUCUAGGAGUAAACGAGGGGCAAUUAAGUCAUUUCAUCACCCAUUUAACGGUUACUUAACUGAGAAUUGGAUGGAAGGGUAAACUCGUUACGUUUUAAUAUUAGAACGGUAUGUUUGUGCAAAAAUUUAGUAGAUGGGUACGUUUGUUAAUUUACCAUAGUAGAGGGGUACAAAAUGCUAUUAACCCAAAAAAUAAAAACAAAAUUUAAUACGAUGAUAUAAUUAAUUUAGAACGAAAUUAAGGGCCUGUUUACUUUCAUUUAUGUUUCCUGUUUUUGAGAAACAUAUGUUGAAAACACGUGAAAACAACAUUUUGUUGUUUCCGAAAAACAGCAGGAAAUUGCCACUUUAUGUUUUCAUAGUUUGAAACAUAUGUUGAAAACACGUGAAAACAACAUUUUGUUGUUUCCGAAAAACAGCAGGAAGUUGCCAGUUUAUGUUUUCAUAGUUUGAAACGAAUAAAAAACGAAAUGAAAAGUAAACAAGUUUUCCCGUUUCGAUUGCCAAAUUUAAGACAUAAAACCACCCAUCACCAUGCUUCCUAAUCUAGCUUUCAGUUCGGCCCAGCUAGGGCGGGCUUUUAUGAUCGAUCUGCUGAUGGGCCAUUAUGUCGACCAUAAAAGUUGAAGCCCCGAGUCCCGACCCACUAGAUAUUAUACCACUCGCAUCAGGGAACUGUUUUUGCUCAAAGUCCUGCUUCGCUCUCCUUCUCCCAAAACCCUUGUUCCCUUUUCUACAUCGUCUCCCUCGCAGCUCGAUCCUAGUCUCCCGAGAUUCCACCAUGAGCAGAUCCGGCCAGCCUCCAGAUCUCAAGAAGUAUAUGGACAAGAAGCUCCAGAUCAAGAUGAAUGCGAAUAGGAUGGUGGUUGGCACGCUUCGUGGGUUCGACCAAUUCAUGAACUUGGUGGUAGACAACACUGUUGCAGUGAAUGGGGAGGAGCAAACCGACAUCGGGAUGGUGGUGAUUAGAGGAAAUAGCGUCGUCACUGUGGAAGCGCUGGAGCCUGUUAACAGAGGAUAAUAUACUCACGAUUCUGUUAUGUGUGUUGAUAUCUACGGUGGAGACAUUUUAACUACCUUGUACUCGAGCAAAUGUGGUUGCUGUUAAGUUUUCCAAACCUUACUUUAGGCUCUUAUGCGGCCACAGAUUGUAAACCAGUCAGUUCUAUCCUAGAGUGAGCACAAAUUCUCUUCGGUUUCCUUCUGUUUGUCAGCUUUAGAAGGUCAAAUAGCAAGUUAUGUGGUGAACAUCAUGAAAGUAAUGAAAUAUCAUUUUAACU